GUCCUCAAUUAUCAUUACAAGACCAUGAGCAGAGGUGACGAUCUCAUUAUUGAAUACUUUGGCAUUAUGAGCUUUCCAGAUCCUCCACAGAAUGAUUAGUAAGAUGGAAGGCCAAAUAGCAACGGUAAGACCGACAGGAGAAGGGAGAUGCCAAAGGUCGGGGAAGACAGUUCCAUGAGACAGAAUACCCAUUUUAUCCCAGACCUGGAGCGCAAGAGGGCACGAGAGGAACAGGUGAUUCCGGUCUUCUGAACCAAGACCACAGCUCGCACAGGCCGCCGAUUGAGUGUCGAAUUUGUGAUGCAAAUUUUGACGCGUGUUGAGACGAUCCCUGAAGAGGAGCCAAGCAAAGACCUUGACUUUGUUGGGGACGAAAGCUUGCCAAAUGUGAUCAGCGUGAGGGUCCGUUGGAGCAGCGGAGAGGGCAAGGUAAGCGCCCCUUGUGGACAGCAGAGACCCAUCUCUUAGGGUACUGACAUCGGGCGCAUCAUCAAGAGCAACGUCCUGCAACACAAGAAGCAAAAGAUCGAGUUCUGCCUCAGCAACAAGAGUUAGUCGAUUCCGCAAGCCAAGCUCAAGUCCCUCGUCCACAAUUUUUGAAACAAAAGCAUUUGGCUUGGUGUGGUGGGAGAAGAGUAUAGGGAAAACUGAAGCAAGCGGAUGUGGUAAAAUCCAGCAAUCAAGCCAAAAAAAGGUGGAAGCUCCUGAUCUAACCUUACAAGAAGUGAUCGAUCUUAAUAAAUCUGUGUGCUGUAUAAUAAGCUUAGCAAGGUGGGAAGUGGGUGGUGAGGCUUUGAAGGGAUGAGGCCAGUGAGGCUUUGAAGGGAUCAUGCCGAAUCUUCAAGCACAAAAAGGUCAAGAGCAGAACUGCUGCACAAAAAACCUGAAGAGUUGACUGAUGGCUCUAAAAAUGCGCCGGGGUGUGAGAUGAACAAAACUUUAUCUGCGUUACGAGAAGGCAUCACCAAGUAGUUCUCCACCAUCUGGAAAGAAUAACUCUCAAGUGAUUCCACGGAAGAUAGUGAGUUCAUGUGCAGUACCAAUGAAGAUUAAUACACGUGGAACAAGUGCUGAUGAAGGGCAUGAUAUGCGUCCGACUGCAGGACAGAAAAUGGAUUCAACUUGCAUAAAUAAUGCUGCCCAACAGAUACAUGAAAUGCACCCUGUUCAUGCACUUCCAGGAAACAGCGACGACUCUGAUAAUAGACUGUCGGGGAGGAGAGGACAUCGUGCGAUCAACGUAAAUGAUGGAACAAUCCAAAGGAUUCAAGAACCUUUGAAUCAAUUCAUAGUGGACAAGGUUUUCAAAAUGCUGCGAAUUCACAUUGCACCAUUGGCAACACUCUAUUGGGUUCACAUCAAAUCUCUGAUGAGCAAGUUUUAUUCACGAAAACCUCACGCUGGUGGGAUCUAUGUCGGGACAUACCACAACAGAUCCCAACAGAUCGAUCCCAUUCUCUGCAGUAAUCAAUCCCAGAGGACUCUUUCGGUUAAUUUCAAUCUCCCAACUCUAGCAGACCUGUCAUUAACUUACGCAGACAGGCAGAUAUAGGUUGAUUAUUAUUUGAUUGACAAGUACUGUAUAUUUCAUAUUGGAUGGUGGAUGGACAAAUAUAGGUAUCUGAAAAGAGAUUCAACACACCUGCAAAAAGAAGAAAGAUAAAAAAAAAGAGAAGAGAUUCAACACAGGACACUGCUCUCCGAAAAAGGAGGACAUGUCCUCAAUCAGUAAUCAGCUGAACAUGUCCUCAAUCUCAAGUAAUUAACUUGUUCGGAAGAAGAUGCAUGCGAGACG